AUGUCGUCUACAUUAUCAAGUAAAGUAGAACCAUUGAAGAACUGGUUGAAUAAAAACUCAUUUUGGCGAGAGGACUUGAUCAUAAAGGAAUCACCUUAUGGAGGAAUUGGGGUGUUCAGUCAAGGUCCGAUCGAUAUCGAAGAAGACCCAUUAUUGUUACGUAUACCGAAAGCCAACUUGUUAGCUCCUAAGAACUCUUAUAUUUAUAAUCUUUUAGUUGAUUAUGAACCUGAAAAUCCCGAUAUCAUACUAUCGGAAGGGAUGUUUGGAUUAGUUCUUACAGUGAUAUAUGAGCUUCAGUGUCAUGAUUCUUCACCAUGGUUUGAAUAUUUACAAACGAUUGAUUUUAAUAAUUCCCAAAUACCCGUAUGUUUAUGGGACACAGUUGAUAAAGAUAAUUCAAAAAAUACCCAAUUGGAUCUAUUGAAUUUCCUUGACCCUCAAGAAUUGAUUGAUUUUUAUGUAGAGGCCAUUAGAUUUGCUCAUAAGAAUCUGGAUACAUUGCCAAUACCGUCAAUAUUAAAUAUAGAUAACCCAGACUUGAGUCCAAAACUAUUGAGUGAGAAACAUAACGAUAAAUUAAUUGAAUUUGGUAAAGUUAUUCAAAGUGUGAUUUCUAGAGCAUUCCUGAUUGAUAAUUAUUACCAGUUGGCAUUAGUUCCUGCAGCAGAUUUAUUCAAUCAUUUAUCACCAAAAACUAAAGAUGGGAAAGUAAUUGAUCGCGAAAAUAUCCACUUUGUUUGUGAUGGAACAGUUUGUGAAGUAUGCGGAGAACAAGAAUGUGAUCAUGAAGAGGAGGGGGAGGUCGUUGAUGACGAUGACGACGACGUCGACAAUAUCGAACAAGAGCCACGGAAAAGCAGUGAUGAUUCUGAAAGUAUCACAUCAAUUAGUAUGGACUAUAUAUAUGAAAUGGAGCAAGACGAAUUGAGUGACGCUGAUACAGAUGUUGAUCCAGAAGAAGCAUCCACAUUAUCCAUGGAAGAAGAGAUUGCAGUUAAUGGAGCGGACCACGAUUUAGCUAAUGAAUUAUCAGAUAGCUCAAAAUGUUGUGAUGUUGUUUUGAUCCGCGAGCCACAAGAACAACAUGAGUUUGAAAUUUUUAAUUCGUACGGUAAUGAACUUUCUAACGCCCAGUUAUUACAAAAAUAUGGAUUUAUAGAUAUGGACGACAACCCCAAUGACACAUGUUUACUUUCAAUUCAAUUUUUCAAGCAAUUGAAAACCUUGAAAGAGAAAUUGGGGAAUCCCAAAAAAGCAAAAGAGUUGGAUCAAAAAAUCGAAUGGUUGGAAGAGAUAGGGUAUGAAUUAAUUAAUGAAAUCAUCAGCGCUGAAGACAUGGAACAUAAUCACGAUGAGGAGGAUUGUCAAGAUGAAAGUUGUGAUCAGAAAGAUGCAGAAGUUAUUUUUCCCGAGUCAUGGCCUCUUUCCAUAUUUGUAAAGAACAUAGAUGGAAGUUGUUCACCACAAACUUAUGCGAUUUUGAAAUUAAUUGAAUUGAAACACCCUUAUUUUGUUCAAAAAUUAGAAGCCAUUGAUAAUGAAAAAAUACUAAUUAAAAACAUUCAAAAAUAUUUGUUGAAUUAUACUGAAAAGGAAUUGAAAUCAUUCAAUAAAACAGUGCUGAAUUGGUGCAAAAAUAGAUUACAAAAGUACCCAGAUUCAAUCAGGUCAAGCAAACAUAGUGAACAGAUAUCAACAAUCAUCAAUCAAGAAAAACGCAUCUUGCAUAAAUUUAUAGACUUACAUAGUUAA